GAUGUCAGGCGAUGUCACGAGGCUUAUCAUCAGCUGGUAGUCGGAAAUGGUCCAUUUGCUAGUUGCUCUUUAGUCUAGCAAUGAUGUUCAAGCUAAGCAGCCGCCUGCAAUCGCAUAAUCGUACACUGUCAUUUGGCUGGCAGAGAUUACGGCACGCCUCCUCCUCCAGCUCGGGCGGAGAAGGUGAGCGGACAGCACUCUAUGACUUCCAUGUGCGUAAGAGCGGCAAAAUUGUGAACUUUGGCGGAUAUGCGCUGCCCGUGCAGUAUGCGGAUCAGAGCAUCAUUGCCUCCCACAAUUACACACGUCGAGUGGGUUCCAUAUUCGAUGUGUCGCACAUGCUGCAAACUUAUGUGCGUGGAAGCGAUGCGGCUGCCUGUCUCGAAUCCAUAUCCACAGCUGACAUUCUCGGCAUGCUGCCCGGUGCCGGCAGCCUGACAGUUUUCACCAAUGAGCAAGGCGGCAUUUUGGAUGAUCUGAUUGUGAACAAAGUCAGCGACAAGGAGCUCUAUGUGGUCUCCAAUGCAGCCAUGAAACAACAGGAUGCUGACAUCAUGAGUUCCGCUGUGUCCUUCUUCAAAUCGCAAGGCAAGGAUGUCUCUAUUGAAUUCUUAAGCCCCGUCGAUCAAUCCUUGAUUGCGGUGCAAGGGCCACAGGUGGCCCAGGAAUUGGCCAAACUGCUGUCACAGCCAAAAUCAUUAGAUCAACUCUAUUUCAUGCGUUCCGGCAUCUUCGAGCUGGCCGGCAUUAAAAAUGUGCGCAUUACGCGCUGCGGUUAUACGGGCGAAGAUGGCUUUGAAAUCUCCGUGCCCUCCACAAAGGUGGAGUCUUUGACUGAGGCACUUCUCGCUGCUGGGCAACUGAAGCUGGCUGGCCUCGGCGCGAGAGACUCACUUCGUCUGGAGGCUGGGUUGUGUCUUUAUGGCAGCGACAUUGAUGCAAAGACAACGCCCGUGGAGGCAGCACUUGCAUGGCUGGUGGCCAAGCGUCGCCGCAGCACCGGCGACUUCCCAGGUGCUCAGCUGAUUCUCCAGCAAUUGAAGGAGGGCGUUCAGCGUCGCCGCAUUGGACUACAGAUGCUGGGCGCCAAGCCGCCACCUGCACGUGCCGGCGUUACCAUCUACAGUGGUGGCAAGCAGGUGGGUCAGCUGACAAGUGGUUGCCCCAGUCCCACCACUGGACGCAACAUAGCCAUGGGCUACGUCGCCGAGCAGCUGAAGGCGCCCGGCACCCAACUGGAGCUAAAAGUGCGCGACAAAUUCUACGAGGCCGAAGUGACGAAAAUGCCCUUCGUGAAAGCUAACUACUACACUAAACCCAAGCAAUAAAAUAAGUUGGAAAAGUUAAAUCCGAA